AUGCACAUUAAAAGCUCCUCGAGAAGUUUAAUAGGGAUUGAUAAGGCAGAGCACCAAAAUUCCGGAUCGCGAGGAGUUGUUCAAUCGCGAGAAGUUGUUCCCAAGGCCACCUCGGAAUCGAAGCGACACCUCGGUAUAAUGAGCUCACCAAAGAGCCGGGACCGACAAGGUGCGACGCCUGUCAAUCAGCUGGCAGGCUGCCAUGCCGUUAUCAUUGCCUACGUGUUUGCUAACGUCAUAGCCGCCCCUAUGAUAGUCCCACCCGCAGCUCGGCCACUCUUUCAACAACCCAAGAACCCGGCCGACUUGCGACAACAAAUCGAAAGGAAUCGGUGCGCAAGAUGCGACACCUCUGAAAUAGAGGUGUUACGGAAGAAAGUUGCGGAGCUAGAAGCACGACAUACCAAUCAAGUUAGGCUUCCUCUGCACCCCCGAAUGUCCGAGCCAGGCCAUGUCUAUUUAGAAGUUGACUCUCCGCUGGCACCCGAGUUGACCAGGGGGCCAUUGCCAGGAAAGGUCAAAGUUCCACAAAUCGGGCUCUACUAUGGAACUGCCGACCCCGACGCUCACUUCGGACAUUACACGUCAUGGAUGGACUUACACGGCGCUGAUGACGCCUUAAGGUGCCGUAUGUUCUCCUUGACCCUGGGCCCUAAAGCUCAGAAGUGGUACUAUUCGUUGCCGGCUGAGUCGAUCCAAUAUUGGCAUCAACUUAGAUCGGCUUUCAAGUCUCACUUCAUUGGGGCCAAUUUGAAAGACUAUGUUGCGCGUUUCAACGAACACGUGCAAAAUAUGGAGCCUUGCCACCCAGAAACACUCAUUGUCUCGGCGAUAUCGGUCUUAAAACCGAAGUCCAUGUUUCGUUGGGCACUCUGUCAGAACAAACCUAGCAUUUUUCAAGAGUUCCUCGUCCGAGCUCAACAACAUAUCAUCGCUGAGGAGUCUAUGUCGAUUCCAGACCUUGAAUUCACGUCAUCGAAAGGUCAAAAACCGACUCCCGAGAACGAGAAAAAGAAGAAGCACUUUAACAACCCCUCCAAGAAUCCACAAUUCAAGGAGCCGUUCAAAAGUGAUCCCAGCGACCCAGAAGUAAAGGCAGCCAGAAGGCAGUAUAAAGAGGACCUAACUGCGGGUUACCGAUCAAUCUACUCGGCAGGCGUCGCAGCAGUCUACCAAGAAAUCAAGGGAAAAGGGAUUAUCCCGAGCCCGACCUGUAAGAACCCCCAAAAGCUAACUGGACAUAUCUUGCCUACAAUCAGCCCUCAUGAGGCUGAUCGGAAACCCCCAAAUGAAGAUGUAACGCCCCCAUCGACUUCCCUUCAUCAAAUCGCGAGUUCAAUUUUGCAAACCCCUCUGCUCGAUUUCGUGAAUCGCCGCCUGAAAAAUCUAUGUCGAUCGAGCAGCAAGUUCCAGCUUUCCAUCCCCGGCGAAUUUCCUCUAUCUGCACGCUCGGAUGACUGUCCGAACGAGGAGCGGCGGCGGCCUCCCCCGUCCACCUCACGUCCUGCUGGAGUGGAAAAAUUCGCCGUCAUUGAGCAGCGGCUUUCCUCGUGCUUCAUCAACCAUCAUAGGCGACCCUCUCCACCGUUGCCGGUCAAACCGAGAGCGCAGCCCUUCGCCGUCGAGAAGACGAGCCCUGUUCCAAUUACAGUUUCCGUCGAGCCUCCAUCGAAAAUCCCAGCCACCGUCGACGACCCUUCACCGCCUCCUCUCCCCAUUCGUGUGCGAGAGGAGCCCGAAACCGCAACAACAGCCUUUCUGGCCCGUGUGAGAAGAGCAUCGGCACCCCGUCGACCAUCCGUUUCGCAGCAUCAGGUUGCACGGCCACACGAACUGGAUAACAACUCGUCGGACCUUCACUCGGCAGCUGUUUGUGUUCUUCACCAAGAAAUAGGUGGCCCGUUUUUCGGCCAAGAACUCCCUCAUGUCCUCUGGGCGUACAGGACCACAGCUCGGUCCUCAACCGGAGAAACACCUUUUUCGCUAACCUAUGGGUCGGAAGCGAUGAUUCCCGUUGAACUUGGAUCCCCAACGUACCGGUACGUCAACUCCAAGCUCCGAACUCGCAUAUUCAAGGUCGGCGAUCUUGUGCUCAAAAGAAUCGUAGGACCUGACCCGGGACCACUAAAGUCGAAGUGGGAAGGCCCAUUCAAAAUAAGCGAGGUAUUGACCAAUGGGGCCUAUCAGAUAGAAAGGCCCAUUCAAAAUAAGUCGGUUUUUCAACUGACAUUCUGUAAAAAGGCCCAAAGUGCUUUAAGUCGGUUCUACAAAAAGGCCCAAAAUGCCUUAAGUCGGUUUUUCAACUGA